CAAAGGUCAUGAUGAACAGGAAUUAACUGAUAACGGGUCUGAUAAGAAAUUAGGAAUAUUAUACGACUAAAAAGGAUAAUGCAGACUAAAAUCUUUUUUGCUACGUUUCUAUCUGUACAAACAGUAAUAGCUUUUCUGGAUCCGUGUACCGUUUAUCCUAAAGGAUUUAUACCGAAGAAUGAAACAGAGACCAUAGUCAUAACGCCAUCUUGUUUGAAAGGAAUUAUAGAUUGGAAUUAUCCAAGGGGUUCACUAAAAGUUCUGUUUAAUGAACCUAAACCAUACAGCUUGUGUCUUAUUGACUGGCUUGGAGGUGAUGCGUUUACCAUUUAUGACAAUUCAUUUGGCAAAAUGACACAGUUAAAAAUGCUUUCAUCAGAGAAUCAAUGUAUUCAAAGUAAUGGAAACCAUGCACAGUUGAAGGUUGAAGCACCACCUGAGCAGAGAUACAUGGGAGGAUUUACCUAUGAAAUAAAAUAUUAGAACAUUUUUCAAAUUUAAAAUUCAGUUAUUAAAAUCACAAAUCUUUGGAUGUA